GCUGCUUUACUGGUGCAUGAAAGCAUUGGGGCAGAUGAGUAAUGAUGCUAUGGACCAUUAUCUUCACAUAAAAGGCACAGAUGAAGAGGGCUAGCAUGUCUCGUCCUGUAUGGAGCUCACUUCAGAUGCCUUGUUCUUUCUGGAUUUUCCUGCUGUCCUGUUCUAUCAGGAUUAAUCCCAGUUUGUCUGAAUUAGCAUUUUCAACCUUGCCUAAAAAUCACAUUGGACUUUUAAAUCGCUCACUGAUGCUGCACUGUGCAGUGGUUGACUCUGGACUGAAGGCUGCUCUUCCAGUGAAAUGGGAAAAAGAUGCUGGCAGCCUGGACAGCAGGAUUCAUCAGAUGGCCAAUGGCUCACUUUCAUUUCCCCACUUACAAGAACAAGACUUUGGGAACUAUACAUGCAUCGCAAAGAGAGGCUACAAACAGAUUCAGACCACUGUCGUGGUCAGCAAAGCACGCUUGGAAGAUGUGUUCUUUCACCCCCAGUCCCUGAAAACUGAAGAGGGACAUGAUGUUUUCUUCCAGUGUGUCUCUGGUGAAAGCUCUCCUCCUGCUCAGAUUGCUUGGUUAAAAGAUGGCAGAGUUCUGACCAAUGGAAACCAGAUACAGGGACAGUAUGGCGGAGGGAGCCAAAGAAAGACUUCAGGCACCUUGCAUAUGGCUAAUGUCGCCAAAGCAGACCAAGGAAUCUAUGUCUGUAUCACCCACAAUCUUCUGCUGAACAUAAGCAAAGAAAGUCAUGCUGCAACAUUGACAGUGGAGGGUACCAAUGUAGAUUUAAAGAUCAUUGAGGGCCCAGAAAAUGUCACUGUACCCGUUGAAAUGGAAGCUGCACUGUACUGCGUGGUUGAAGGCUUGCCAAUUCCCAGAGUGCAGUGGUUUAAGGAUGGACAACCAUUACCCAAUACCUCCAGAUGGGAUCUUCUGAAGAAUGGACAGCUGCUGGUUUUUCAGAGAGUUUUGUCAGAAGAUGAGGGGUUGUAUUUCUGUGAAGCUAGCAAUGAGAGGGAGAAAGUGAUAUCCCAACCAGCCUACCUCCUACCUGCAGUUAUGGACUGGACCUUUAUUGUCAAACCUUCCAACCUAACAGUGAGGAAGGGAGAUCCUGCAACUAUUCCCUGUAGGCCUCCACACGGCAGACCCCAAGCACAAGUGUCCUGGUUUAAGGACAACCAACUUCUACAAUCAGGACUGCACUAUACUACUGAUCCUAAUGGAGACAUGCUUUUCCACAGUGUAAAAGAGACAGACAGGGGAAUCUAUUUCUGCAGAACGUCUCAUUCUCAUCUCAAAAGGGCUCUCACCUCAAAAAACAUCUUCCUGGAUGUUCUUGAACCUCCAUCUGUGACUAUCUGGCCGAUGGUGGUGACAUCUCCUGUAGGAGCUGAGGUGGCGAUUCACUGCCAGGUGUUAGGACACCCUGCUCCCUUAAUUAAAUGGUCAAAGCAGGGCCAGUCAGUCCAAACUGGAGGCAAAAUUAUCACGGGGGUAAGAAACACCACUCUCUACAUUUCAUCAGUCAGAGCUUAUGAUGAAGGCCUUUACACAUGCACAGCUUCCAACGCAGUGGGUCAUGAUGAAAAAACCAUGACACUUCGAAUUGCGGUGAAACCAUUUAUUGUUUCCUUUGUUGCCUUGAUCACUGUCUCAGAGGGAUCUACUGUUAGUCUCCCUUGUCGAGCUGUGGGAGAUUUUCCUGUGAAAUAUACUUGGAUCCGAACCUCCUUAAUCCAAAAUGCACCUGAACUGCCUGCUCCAAAAACUCCUGUAUCUCUCCCACAACAGAUACACAUUGACGAUAAUGGGACAUUAGUCAUCUCCAACAUUCACUGGUCUGAUGCAGGAGAGUACCAAUGCACUGCAGAAAACAGAGUCGGUCAGGAUAUGAGAAGUGCCAUCAUAACUGUAACUGCUGAACCUGAUGUCUGGUCUGAUGAGGAAACAAUGAGUAAAAAAAUAAAAACCCCUGUUCCAGAGAUUGAGCAAGAGCUACUUACAAAUUCUUAUGAUUCAAAGCAUCCAAGUAGCACAGAGAUAACUGAAUCCUUCCAACAGACAACUAAGGACUUCACAAAGAUAUCUUUUUUAAGUACUUUUGUGGAGAACUCACCAACACACUCCAUCACUGAAUCUACUCAAGACACUACAGAGAAGUCAAGUGACGUAAGCAAAGGAAACAGUGAGCACAUCAAAGUGUCCAUUCAAACACAAAAACCAACAGCUGUGCCCAUCAAACCUACAACAUUCCUCAAAGUCAAAGAGACUUUUAUGCAGUAUACACACCCACAUAUCCAACCAACAGUCCAGUCUACUAAACCUCCAGCAAUUAAUCCGAACACAAAUAACCAAUUACCUUCAGACUCCUAUUCCUAUACCCAGCUAAAAAACAUUCAGAGCUUUUCCAAGAAAAGCACUCAGUCAUUUAGUGGGCAAACUCAGGCUUCUGGCUUUACUUCUAUGGAAAUGGAAAACUUCACCACCUCAACCCCUGUGGAAAAAACUGAAAAUCAGAGCCAAAUAAUCUGCAAUAAUCACAAGCAAUCUGGAGGCACCAAGUUGCCAGUGACAAAUGAUACAGACCUUGUUGAGUCACUGAAGAAAAACACUUCUCAGUCCCCUAUGAGGACCACUGACAAUAAUGCCAGGGAAAAGGAGAAAUCUCAAACUUGGUUACCUGUGAUAGAAAAACAUGACAUUCCUAUUGUGGUUGGAGUAGGUGUUUCCUUGGCAUUUAUUUUCAUUGCAAUGGCCUUUUACUCUUUGGUUCAGAAAAAUGAUCCUACAUCUGUACCUACAGGGAGAGCAGCUCUGAGGGGUAUUUGUGGUCCUUGCAGGCAUGGAAAACGUCUUGCAAUGGAAAGGACAUAUGAUAACAAGGCAUUUGAGGAUGACAAUUUAGUGGCUGUUAUUGAGCAAAGUCCCAACACAUCAGAGACUAGAGCUCUCCCACUAGAAGCUAGCCCAUCCACCUUGGUGAUGAAUCCACCUACUGAUGAUGUUCUGGAGGGUGUCCAGUCCAAUCGGGACCUGCCAGUUAUAGUGGAGACACACCCAGAGCCAAGAGAGGAGGACCAGUUGGAGACUUCAUUUGAGGAGGGGAAGAUCACUCCCUCUCCGAAUUCUGACAUUCAGCUACAGUGCAUGGAGGACUGGAGGAGCAGAGAUUUUGAACCAUGUCAGGAUGCUCCCUCACCCCCUCCACCGAAUCCAGCACCUGCCCAGGAAGAGGGCUUACGGUCCACUCUGACCCUCCAGACCAACGAACCCAGCUCCACUCCAGUGCGCCACAGCAUUAAUAUCUCCCAUGGCUCCUCCCCCCUCCUGCUGUCCCACUGCGUGUCCCUGGGCAUGACUUCUGUAGCUGUGGAUGUUCACUUCUACCCUUCAGCCUCCUCAACGGCCAGCCAUCCUCCAUGCUCUGCAUUUGGACCCCCAGGGCAACAGGUCAACACAAGAAUGGAGCAUGAAUUAACUGCACCUUCUGCAAGCCACAGUAAAUCAUAGGAAUGUCUAAAAAGGCUGAAGCCAUGGGAAUGCAGCUCACUUCACAGGGACAUGUCAGUUAGUUUAAAGGAAUAGUUCACCCAAAAAUGAUUAUUCUGUUACUUACUCUCCCUAAUUGUUCCAAACGGUAUGAAUUUCCCUGUCUCAAUGGAAAACUCAAAGAAAACUUGUGAAUAAUUGACUUCCCUUUUCCAUGGAGAUGUGUGCUUUUAAGCUUCAAAAUGAAUGCAAAAGCACCAAAAAAGUAGUCCAUAUAAUUAAUGUGCAAUAAUUCCAAGCUUUCUGAAGCCAUAUGAAAGAUUAGUUGUUUCAGAAACAGACUAAAAUUUAAGUUGUCAUUCAAAGAUAAUUUUCACUUCCAGGGAUCUAUUGAUAUAAGUACUGCUCCAAUUAGAUUAUGAAGUCAGUGAGUUGAAUGAAUCAGUCAAAUUCAAGAACAAAUCCCUCAAAACAUAAUUGAAAAGAUCAGACUAAAAAGAACAAUUACUUCACAAAUCUGACAUCGUAAUAACUCUCAUGAAGAUACCAAUUAUGCUUGGGUGGAUGUUAAGAUUUUCAGAGAACUUUCAAGGUUGCAUUUAUGAUAAUUCUAUGGUGUUUUAAGCAUCCUUUUUGAAGCUUGAAAGCUUCAGUGCCCAUUCCUUCUAAUUGUAUUUAAAGCAACUUACAGUGCACUACAGGAACAAUCCCACCGGAGCAACAUGGGGUAAAGUGCCUUGCACAAGGACACAAUGGUGGUGGCUGUGGUGAUCAAACUGGCAACCUUCUGCUUAUCAGUUCUGUGCUUUAGCCCACUAUGCCACCACCACUCAGUGGAAAACUGCAUCCAGUACAUUCUUUAAAAUUGCUCCUUUAGACUUGAGUUUGGGUGAACUAUUCCUUUAAGGAAGCUGCGUGUGUAUUUAUUUAUUUUAUUUAAUCUUUUUCAAAGGUUCUCAUUUCUUUUGAUAUUGGUUUAAUGAAAGCGUAAUGAGGCAGUGUGGUCUCAUAUGUACAAAAGAGUGGGUGAGAAUAAUUGCAGGCUACAUCUAUCAGGUUCAUGGACACUAACUUCAGCUAAAUACCAAGUUUCUCAUUUUCUGCUAAUGCCAAGGAAUUUAUAAUACUUCAAAUACUUUAACAGUAGUUAUGUAUACAGUAUAGAUGUUCGUGUUUCUAAGAAAUGUAUAGUAUUUUUAAAACAGAGAGCAGAAUUGAAAAUUAUGAACUAAUUUUAGGGAGUGACUGUUCCAAAACUUGCCAAGUAAUUGUGUAAAAUAUAUUAGGAAAAGUCCUCCAGAGUAAUGGAGAAUAAUUGCAAUGAGAUCAUGGAACCUAAAAAAUGGUUCUAUUGUGCACAACAACUCGACUGUUACUUCUGCAUGUGCCAAAGGUUAAGCUACCUUACCACUAGUUAUUUUUGUGAUUAUGUUAAUGUUAAACAUUUUUGAAAGUCAUGUACUUACUGGACGGAACUGUUAUAUCUUUUAAAAUAGAAG